CGGAUGUCGAGGGGGAGUUCCUGAUGUGGUCGCCUUAGCGGGGCUGGACGCGGACUCUUCGCACGCGAGAGGCACAGAGAGGCUGCUGGGCUCGGCGGCGGCGCCGGCUCUUCCUGGCCGGCUCCUCGGCUCUCGCCUGCAGUUCGGCGGCGGCGGCAGCGCUGCUGCUGUUGCUUCGUCCCCCAGCCUCGCCUGCCUCGCCUUGCCUUGCCUGCGGCGACCCGGCGGCCCUCCUUCUCUCCGCGGGACUUUCGGCUCUCCUCCGUCCUUCGUGUGACUCGCUCUUGCCGGGCGGUCGGCGCCGCCGAAGAUGCUGCUGGACGCGGGACCGCAGUACCCGGCCAUCGGCGUGACGACCUUCGGCUCCUCUCGCCACCACUCCACGGGCGACGUGUCGGAGCGCGAGGUGGGGCUGGGCAUCAACCCGUUCGCCGACGCCGGCAUGGGCGCCUUCAAGCUGAACCCCAGCAGCCACGAGCUGGCCUCGGCCGGCCAGACCGCCUUCACCUCGCAGGCCCCGGGCUACGCGGCCGCCGCCGCUCUGGGCCACCACCACCACCACCCGGGCCACGUCGGCUCCUACUCCAGCGCCGCCGCCUUCAACUCCACGCGGGACUUCCUCUUCCGCAACCGGGGCUUCGGCGAGGCGGCGGCGGCCAGCGCCCAGCACAGCCUCUUCGCCUCGGCGGCGGCCGGCGGCUUCGGGGGCCCCCACGGGCACGGCGAGGCCGCCUGCCACCUCCUCUUCCCGGGCCUCCACGAGCAAGCCGCCGGCCACGCCUCGCCCAAUGUGGUCAACGGGCAGAUGCGCCUGGGCUUCUCGGGAGACAUGUACGGCCGGCCGGAGCAGUACGGCCAGGUGACCAGCCCGCGCUCCGAGCACUACGCCUCGCCCCAGCUCCACGGCUACGGCCACAUGAACAUGAACAUGGCAGCCCACCACGGGGCGGGGGCCUUCUUCCGCUACAUGCGCCAGCCCAUCAAGCAGGAGCUCAUCUGCAAGUGGAUCGAGCCCGAGCAGCUGGCCAACCCCAAGAAGUCCUGCAACAAAACUUUCAGCACCAUGCACGAGCUGGUGACUCACGUCACGGUGGAGCACGUCGGCGGGCCCGAGCAGUCCAACCACAUCUGCUUCUGGGAAGAGUGUCCCCGCGAGGGGAAGCCUUUCAAGGCCAAAUACAAACUGGUCAACCACAUCCGAGUCCACACCGGCGAGAAGCCCUUUCCCUGCCCGUUCCCGGGAUGCGGGAAAGUCUUCGCGCGCUCCGAGAAUCUCAAGAUCCACAAAAGGACGCACACAGGUGAAAAGCCCUUUAAGUGCGAAUUUGAGGGCUGUGACCGGCGCUUCGCCAACAGCAGCGACCGCAAAAAGCACAUGCACGUCCACACUUCUGACAAGCCUUAUCUCUGCAAAAUGUGCGACAAGUCCUACACGCACCCGAGCUCCCUCCGCAAACACAUGAAGGUCCACGAGUCGUCCUCCCAGGGAUCCCAGCCUUCUCCCGCGGCCAGUUCGGGUUACGAAUCUUCUACCCCUCCAACAAUCGUUUCUCCAUCGACAGAAAACCAAACCACCAGCUCCUUAUCCCCUUCGUCGUCAGCAGUCCAUCACACGUCCAGCCACAGCACGCUCACGUCAAAUUUUAACGAAUGGUACGUUUAAACAAAACGAACGCACGAACGCAAAUCCAACCUAUUUAAAAAAAGACUCCAAAAAUUAAUGAACACUUUGAAGUCGAUUUAUUAUUUUUGUUGGCUUGGUUUGGGUGCUUUGCUUUUCUUUUCAAAAAAUGCUGCCAGUAGACCCAGGACCGAAUCAAAUCAAGCACUGAGGUCUGGUUUCUUUUUGUUUCCUUUCCCGGUGCUGCCUUCCAUUUCUGUUGCUUUGCUUUGGGUUUCGCCGCGUUUGGGUCGAAAGGCUUGGAAAGGGUUUGGUGGGGCGCCUGAGAAGAGCAGGGUCCCCGGGCCGUCUGGGCCAGCGUGGCAGGGCUUUUGGAAGGAAACCACUGACUGGGAUUCUCGAAGUGCAGGUCUUUCUGGGCAGCGGCCCUGGUUGCUGGUUCUUUUCUUUCCCCCCC